AUGACGGUUUCUGUACGGGGCGAAUCUAGCCCGCGCACAUAUUCAGACGUUAUAUCGACUAUCCCUCUGCCGGGCCUGCAGACGAUUGAUCUUUCCGGUGCUGGUUUCGACUUAAUGCAGAGAAAUGCGUUGCAUAAGCUGCAGUACGGUCCUUCGACCAAGGUUGGAGGUCAGUCAUUCACUGAACUUCCCAUUCGAAUUAUUGUUUACCCCCUUACGGAGUUGAUUCUAAUUUACCGUCCACGGUGCUUAUCGCGAGCUACUGUUGGACAAAUGACGCAGAACGCUUGGGAUUACUCAUCAACACCGGUAAAACAGAGUCCAACGAGCAACUGAAGGAACUCGUGCUGCCCAAUCUCGCAGAACUGCACAACCUCACAAUUUCUUGUCGGGUCAGCAUGUGGAC